AUGCCCAAGCUCGGGUCCUGGGGUGACCCCGGCCCCCCUGGAGCUGACGUGGAGGAGAAGGCCUUCUGUCUGGGCAGAUCACGUCACUCACGGCCUGAACCUCACGGCGGACACCGCAGGGCCGGUGGGCAGCCGGGCACAUCCCGACCCCGGGCAAUCUCUCUCGCCGCCCUCUCACAUCCGGAGCGCUCAUGCCACUUCAGAAUUGGCUGCCUCGGCCCCCGGCGUUCACACAUCUUCCCCGUGAGGCUGGAGGACACCAUCCUGAGCCCCAUGGCCAGCAGAGAAGACCGCGCGCUGACUGUGCGCGGGGGACGCUGGCGGGCCUCCCCCACCCCCGUGCCUGCCCGCAUCCGUGAGAUUGUGGCCGGCAGCCUGGCCGAGGGGCCUCCCCAAGGGCUGCGGGAGCCCCCAGCCGCUCCAGGCCCUGGGUCGGAAGAGCACGCGCCCCUGCAGGACGAGCUGUCCCGGCUGGAGGGCCUGCUGGCCCAGGCGGGCGCCGAGCAGGAUGAGCUGGCUGGCAGGUACCACGUGGUCAGCGAACGGCUGCAGGCCCGGCUGGAGGCCACCAAGGCCCAGCUGCAGAGGUCGGAGCUGGAGCGCAGUGUGGACCUGGAGGAGGCCCUGGGCCGUCUGGAGGCGGCCGAGCAGAGGAGCACCAGCCUCUCCCAGGUGAACGCCCUCCUGCGGGAACAGCUGGAGCACAUGCGGAAGGCCAACGACAGGCUGGCCGAGGAGCUGGCCAGGACGACGGGCAGUGUGCUCCGUCUGCGGGCCGAGCUGGAGCUGCGGGAGGCACAGCGCCGGACCCACAGAGAGGCCGGGCACACCCACUCGGGACAGCCCCAGGACGCCCUCCUGCAGAGGCAGGUCACUGCACUCCGGGGACACCUGGCCGAGCUGCGUGCAGCCACCGAGAGGGGCCUUGCUGACCUGCGGGCAGACGUGGCCAGGAUGGCCCGGCGCCUACACACGGCCUGCCUGAACCUCGGCUCCAACCUGCGGCUGACGGCCGGCAGCACGGCCGCUGCCCUGGAGCAGCAGCUGCGGGACAAGAUGCGGGAGACGCUGCAGCUGCAGGGCCGCUGGGCCGCGGAGAAGGCGGCCCUCCAGGCCAGACUCUCAGAGCAGACGCUGCUGGUGGAGAAGCUCACCGAGCAAAAUGCGAGCGAGAGAGCCAUCUCUUCCCUGAGAACCGACGCGCAGAGACUGGAGUCCCAGCACAGCGGAGGAGGCCCGGCAGCCCCGGGGGACUUGAGAGCGGAGGUGGAGACCCUGCGGCUCCUCUUGGACAGCAUCACACAGGUGGCCCAGGCAGACGCGGGGAGCGAGGAGAUGGUGAAGAGCAGCGGUGCUGAAGGCGAGAGCCCCCCACAUGCUGGGUCCCCCCUGACGGCUGAGUCCUCGCCCCCAGCCCGCUCCCCGGUCGCCCUGGACUCAGCACUGUGGGCCGUGCGGGCAGCUAUUCAGAGGCGGCGGCAGCGGGAGCAGGAGCUGCUCCAGCAGCUGGAGUCAGCAGAGGCGAGGGCCGCGGGCCUCCAGGAGCAGCUGUCUGAGAGUCAGAGGGAGCUGCAGGCCUCAAGAAGCCUCCUGCAGGAGGAGCGCCAGGACCUCCUGGGCAAGCUGGAGGCACAGAGCCGGGAGGCGCAGUGGAGCCAUGUGACCAGCGAGCUCCUGGGGAGAGAGAAGGCGGCUCUCGAGGAGGCGGUUGAGGCGCUGAGGGGGGAGGCAGCCAUGUCCCACGCUGAGAAGCAAAGCCUGGAGGCCAGGAACGUGGAGCUGCAGAGGAACCUCCGGCGGUGUGCGGAGCAGAAGGAGGCGCUGGAGCAGCAGGGCGAGCGCGGCCAGAGGGCGCUGGAGAGCAGUCAAGGGCGCCUGGAGCAGCUGGAGGGGACGGUCUCUGGGCUCAAGACAGAACUGGUGUCGGCCCAGGAGGCGCUGGACUCGGCGCGGCUGCAGAGGGACGUCCUGGAGAGCGAGAGGGCGGGUCUGCACGGCGCCCUGGCCCGGGCCGAGGCCAGCAAGGCUGACCUGGAGCUGCUCGUGAGCCGGCUCAAGGCGGAGGGGGUGGAGCAGAGGGACUCCCUGGCCAAGAUGGCCGCUGUGACGGAGACGCUGGCUCGGGACAAAGGCUCCCUGAACCGCCUGGUCCUGCAGCUGGAGCAGGAGCGGGACGAGCUGCGGGCGCGGCAGCAGACGCUGGCACAGGGGCAGGCCGGCGCCUGGGAGCAGCUGGCGCGGGCCGAGUGGCAGGUGGAGCUCCUGCGGGCUGAGAGGAGGGGCCUACAGCGGGCCUGCGGGCGGCUGGAGGAGCGGCUGGAGCGGCUGGAGGGUCAGGCGGCCCGACUCCAGCGAGAACGGGCCCAGUUGCAGGCGCAGGUCACAUGCAAGAAACAGGCCCUGGAGAAGCAGCUGGCCCAGCGCCUGCAGGACCAGGAGGCCCAGAUGGCCGCUCUCCAGAGGGCCCUGCAGGAGAAGGAGGCUUUGUCUGAAGAGCGGGUCCAGCUGCUGGCCAAGCAGGAGGCCCUGGAGAAGCGAGGUCAGCUCAUGGCCGAGGAGGCAGCCGAUCUCAGGGCCGAGAGGGACGCCCUGGAGAGCAGCCUCUUUGAGGCCCAAGAGCUGGCAUCGCAGCUGCGGGCACAGCAGGAGCAGCUGGAGGGAGAGGCCCGGAGCGCACGGCUGGCCCGGCAGGCCCUGCAAGGGGAACUGGAGCAGCUACAGAGCGCCUGGGAGGCCCAGGAGACGAGGCUGCGGCAGCAGGUGGCACAGCGGGAGCGGGACGCGCAGCUGGCCCUGGAGAGCCGGGCGCUGGCCCACCGCGAGGACCUCGCGCGGCUCCAGAGGGAGAAGGAGACCCUGAGUCUGUCUCUGACGGAAGAAAAGGAAGCAGCAGCAUGCCGGCUGAAACGGGAGAAGGAGCUGGUGGCGAAGAGCGCAACCAGGAGGGAGGCGCUGAAGGAGGAAAUUCAGAGCCUGAGGCGUGAGCGAGACGAGCGUCUCCUUCAGCUGGAGCAUGAGAAGCAGCAGGCCCUGCUUGUGCGGGACGCGGAGCUGAGCCGGCUGCGGGGGGAGCUGCAGCUGGUGCGGCAGGAGGCCCAGGGCCAGCAGGAACGAGCCGAGGCCACCGUCAGCGCUGUGGCCGCAGAGCUGAAGGCCCUGCAGGCCCAGUUUGAGGAUGCCAUCUCUGCCCACCAGACAGAGGCCAGGGUCCUGCGUGAGACACUCCGGGCGCAGGCGGCCCAGCGGAGCAGCGCGGGGAGAGAGGCUGAGACUCUGCGGGUGCAACUGGACGAGGCCCGCGAGGUGCUGGCUGCGCUGCGCCGGGAGCUGCAGGGCAGUGAGGAGGCCCGGGAGGGGUUGCAAAGGGAGGCCCAGGAUGCCUGCCGGGCGCUGGCUGACGCAGCCCGCGAGAAGGACGCACUGAGGGAUUCCAACACCGAGCUGCGGGCCGCCAUCCGCCGGGCCGAGCAGGAGAAGGCCAGCUUCAAGCGCUCCACGGAGGAGAGGGAGCAGAAGGUCCUGGUCCUGGAGAAGGCCUGGGCAGCAGCCCAGAAGCAGGCAGGAGAGCUGCGGACUGGCCUGCGGGAGGCGGAGCGGGCGGCUGUGGACACCCAGCAGCAGCUCCAGGAGCUACGCAGACAGGUGACGACGCUGGAGGCAGAGAACCAGAGAAAGAGCCGGGAGCUGAUGCGGCUGCAGACGCGGGGCGCCCAGGAGCCGAGCUGGCAGGAGGCCCUGGCACUGCAGAGGUUGGUGGCCGAGGCAGAGGCCGCCCAUGAAGACUCGCAGAGGGAGGUCCGGAGGCUGCGGCGGCCGCUGGCGGAGGUGGAGACCUGGGCUGAGACCCGGGAGAAGCAGCUGGAGUGGCAGCUCUGCGAGAGCCGGGGGUCCGAGCGGGCCCUCCGGGCGGAGCUGCGCAGCGUCACCCGCAAGCUGCAGCAGGCCGACGGCGCGGCCGACAGCCUCCAGGCUGGCCCAGACGGGGCCUGCCACCGGACCCACGGCCUCGAGCAGGAGCUGGCCCAGGCCGAGGGCGCCAGGCGGGAGGUGGAGGGCCAGCGGGGCCGGCUGUCCUCUCCUGAGCCGCCCGGCCCCCCCCACCAGAGGUCAGUGCCCUCCGCACCCGCCCCGUCACCCGCCUGGGGCGCCCCAGCCCCCCAGGGCUCUGCCCCGCUCCCCGUGAGUGAGGCCAGCCGCGUGAGGGGGCGGGGCGCCUGUGCGUCUGUGUCGGCGCCUCCGCUGCGCCGCCAGCGCGGCCCCAGCGCGGCCCACCGCGCCCCCACCGCCCCCUCACCGCGCUCAGCCGCCGUGGGCGUCCCCACCGCGUCCCGCCGCGCCCCUAUCGCGGCCCAGCGGUCGCCUCUGUCCUCAGGCUCAGAGAGCCGGUUCCACUCGCCGCUCCGGAGGCCCUCACCCAGCCCUGGAGACCGCAGGGCAGAGGGGACCCGGGCCUCCACGAGGGACGCCCUGAGGGACUUGAGGCAGAAGCCAAGGGAUGCCCAGCGGGAGGGCAGCGGACGUCUGGUGUUCCCAGGCGGGGGGCCUGAGUGCCCGGCGGGGGAGGCCAAGAGUGAGCACACCUGGGCCCAGAGCUGCGUGGGGCAGCUGCAGAGGGCGCUGGCUGGUGGAGGAAGGGGAGCUCCUGCCUCCGCCCUGCCCCAGACCCACAGGGCCUCGGCCUCCUGGGCCGCGCAGGUGCCCCCCGGACCUGGGAGCCAGUCAAGCGGCCCCGCCUGCCCCCCAGGCCGGCGCCAGGUGGAGGGCGAGCCCACACAGGCCGUGCGGGCCCUGCAGGAGGAGGCGCUCCCGAGGCUGAGGCAGGGCGCCUGGCACGUGCGGCAGGCCACGAGAGGUGGAGGCUGCAGGUGGGGAGCACCCACACCCCAGGGCAGUGGGGGGACGGGGAGGCCGAGAGGGCUGCUGAGGAAGGGGAGGUUUCAGCUGCCCGUGGUCAGAGGCCACUGAGCUGGCUGAAGCAGACGGCCCCCAGGCACACUGGGCCCUGCGGAGCUAACUCCUCAGGGUUGACCCAGGCAGAGCAUCUUUGAGGUGGUCCAGCCCUUACUUUACAGAGGGGAAACUGAGUCCUGAGCAGAGAGCAACUUGGUCCCCAUGGCGCCGUGAGCAAGGGGCAGGGUCAGGACAGACCGCGGCCGCCCAGAUCUGUGCUUUCAGGGCAGGAAGGGGUGACACUGGCCCAGCCUAGGCGCUCUCCGCGUGUGCAGGGUCAGGGGUCAGGUUUACCACCGUGGGACCAGGUCCUGGCUGGGAGCUUGGAAGGUGCCCAGGCACUGGGGGAGGGGCUGAGAGAGCAGGGGAGGGGCCCAGGUCGUGUUCUGUUUCACAGGUAUGUUCACAUAUAUCUGUUCCAUGCACAUUUAAAAGCAGUUUCCUGUUUGCAGGUUACAGUUUUCAAAAUGUCUCUGUUAAAUUAACCUCACAAGUGUAUCUUUCACAUACUCUACCCACAUUCUAUCUCCUGAGUUUAUCACAGCUGAGAAUCAUGUGUUGAAUUUUCCCACUACAAUUAUUGGGAGGCAGUGUCUCCUUCUAACGGUCUUUAGUUUCUGAUUUCUGUGACACGCUCUGUCUAAUGUGAACUGGAGGCCUCUGUGCCCUGUUCCACACUAUCUGCCUUGAAUUCUACUCUGCUUGGGGCUGGCAGUGCCACCCCACCACCCCGACCUUGGACUCUGCACUUGACUCUGUGUGUAUUUGGCCAUCACUUCAUCAGCCUCCCUUCAGUUCAGUUCAGUCACUCAGUCGUGUCCGACUCUUUGCGACCCCAUGGACUGCAGCACGCCAGGCCUCCCUGUCCAUCACCGACUCCCGGAGUUUACUCAGACUCA